UAUCUUACGCUGAGAUUUGAAAGCCCUUCGUGAUUCCGAGCAACGCUGAUGGAGUGAAGACGGGAGAAAAGGAAAAGCCAGGAUAAAGUGACGGUUAAAAGUAUUUUUGUGACGGUUCAUAGUCUGAACGGGCAUUUUAAAAAGCAGCCAUGUCACCCUGUCGCCUUCCCUGCCUGCUGCUGGCUCUCGCGAUCUUCCAGAGCUCCGUGUCCGCCGAACAGCGGAGGCUCUCUCCAGAAAAUCUUCUGGUGAUCACCGCGGCAACGGAGGAGACUGACGGCUUCAACCGCUUCAUGAGGACGGCCGGAGAGUUCAACUACACCGUGAAGGUGCUGGGUCUGGGGGAGGAGUGGAAAGGCGGAGACGUGGCCAGGACCGUGGGUGGAGGUCAGAAGGUCCGCUGGCUGAAGAGAGAGCUGCUCAAACACUCAGACAACAAGGACUUGGUGGUCCUCUUCGUGGACAGUUAUGACGUGAUCUUUGCGUCCGGUCCUGAGGAGUUGCUCUCCAAGUUCUCUCGUCUGCGUCACCGAGUGGUUUUCUCCGCUGAGGGGUUCUGCUGGCCCGACCAGAGACUGGCCCCCAAAUACCCACCGGUGCAUUCUGGGAAACGCUACCUCAACUCAGGAGGGUUCAUUGGCUUUGCCUCAGAUCUCAGUACGUUGGUCCAGCAGUGGAAGUACAAAGACAACGACGACGACCAGCUCUUCUACACCAAAAUCUACCUGGACAAGACGCAGAGGACAAAGUUCAACAUGACUCUGGACCAUCGCUCCCAAAUCUUCCAGAAUCUCAACGGAGCUGUUGAUGAAGUCGUCUUGAAGUUUGAGAGGGCAAAGGUCAGAGCCAGGAACGUUGCCUACGACACACUUCCUGUCAUUAUCCAUGGCAACGGCCCCACCAAGCUGCAGCUGAACUACCUGGGGAACUACGUGCCGUCGGCGUGGACGUUUGAGAACGGCUGUGGGAUCUGUGACGACGAUCUGCUCCUCCUCAAUGACGCGCCGGACGAGGAGAUGCCUCUGGUGUACGUCUCCGUGUUCAUUGAACAUGCAACUCCCUUCAUGGACGAGUUCUUGGAGCGACUGACGACCCUCAACUACCCGCCAUCCAGGCUCCGCCUCUUCAUCCACAACAACGUGGUGUACCACGAGCGCCACGUCCAGAGGUUCUGGGAACGCCACCGGGCGCUGUUCCCCGACGCUCUGCUGGUCGGACCAGAGGAGAACCUGCCGGAGAACAAAGCCAGAGCCAUGGCUGUAGAGGUGUGUAAGAAGGAUCCAGGCUGUGACUACUACUUCAGCAUUGACUCUGACGUGGCCCUGACCAACCCAGACACUCUGAGGAUCCUCAUCGAGGAGAACAAGGCGGUGAUAGCGCCCAUGUUGUCCCGACACGGGAAGCUGUGGAGUAACUUCUGGGGCGCUCUGAGUCCAGAGGGGUUUUACUCCAGAUCUGAGGACUACAUCGAGAUCGUCCAGGCCAAGAGGAUCGGCCUAUGGAACGUGCCCUACAUCACCCAGGCCUACCUGAUCAAAGGCAGCGUGCUGCGGUCCAAACUGUCGCAGGCCAGCCUGUUCGUGGACCAGACCAUGGACGCCGACAUGGUGUUCUGUAGGAGCAUCAGAGACCAGGGAGUCUUCAUGUUCGUGUCCAACCGCGAUGAGUUUGGCCGUCUGGUGGCGUCGUCCAACUUCAACACAUCCAGGCUCCACCCGGACAUGUGGCAGAUCUUUGACAACCCUGUGGACUGGAAGGAGAAGUACGUCAGCGAGAACUACUCCAAGAUCUUUGAAGACGGGAAGAGUUUUGUGGAGCAGCCCUGUCCAGAUGUGUACUGGUUUCCGGCCUUCUCUGAGAAGAUGUGUGAUCAUCUGGUGGAGACCAUGGAGCAUCACGGCGAGUGGUCCGGAGGCUCGCACAAGGACGAGCGUCUGGCUGGGGGUUAUGAAAACGUCCCCACCGUUGAUAUCCACAUGGUCCAGAUUGGAUUUGAGAAGGAGUGGCUCAAGUUCCUCAAAGAGUACAUAGUUCCUGUUACCGAGAAACUCUACCCAGGCUACUAUCCCAAGGCUCAGGCCAUCAUGAACUUUGUGGUGCGUUACCGUCCUGAUGAGCAGCCGUCUCUGCGACCGCAUCACGACUCCUCCACCUUCACCAUCAACAUCGCCCUCAACAGCAAGGGGGUCGACUACGAGGGCGGGGGCUGCAGGUUCCUACGGUACGACUGCCAGGUGGAGUCCCCCAGGAAGGGCUGGUCCUUCAUGCACCCGGGCCGGCUGACCCACUACCACGAAGGCCUGCCCACCACCAGGGGGACCCGCUACAUCAUGGUGUCCUUCGUAGACCCGUAACCACGGAGACGCCCCCCCCCCCCCCCCCCCCAAACACACAUGUGAACAUUGGUCGUCCUCAUCAGCGCUGACACAGACGGACAGGACGGCUGAAUAGACGGGAUGAACUUGAACGCAUCGUCUCAGAACAUUUCCAGAGCCUUCACAGAGGACCCUGAAGGAUCCUUUCAGAAUAAGAGUCUCUUUAUUUAGUCUUCAUUUAGUCACCUCAGAAAACAAGCUGGCUUUUCAAAAUAAGAGUCACCGUGCUGCCUUUCCUCAUUACACUACCUGAACCUAUGCAAGCAGAACAGAGUGUGUGUGUGUGUCUGUGUGACUGUGUGACUGUGUGUGUGUGUGUGUGUCUGUGUCUGUCUGUCUGUCU